UGUGAACCCGCUUCAGUACAACGCUCCGUAAAAAAGCGUUGAUUCUGUUGGAUUUGAUCUCUUUGCCUCGCCUCCAAACAGCACCGCACUCAACCGCAAAAGAAAGAAUCGAGUUUCGGAUCUAAGAAUGGGGAGAGGCAAGAUUGUAAUUAGGAGGAUCGAUAAUUCGACGAGCAGACAGGUGACUUUCUCGAAGCGAAGGAGUGGACUGCUGAAGAAGGCGAAAGAACUGGCGAUCCUUUGUGACGCCGAUGUUGGAGUCAUCAUCUUCUCCAGCACCAGCAAGCUUUAUGAAUACUCCAGCACCAGCAUGAAAACACUAAUAGAACGAUAUAACAAGACAAAAGAGGAGCACCAUCAGCUUGGUUUCUCGACUUCAGAAGUCAAGUACUGGCAAAAGGAAGCAGCAAUGUUACGGCAACAACUGCAGAGCUUACAAGAAAAUCAUCGGCAGAUGAUGGGUGAAGAGCUGACUGGUCUGAGCAUCAAAGAUCUGCAGAAUCUAGAAAACCAACUGGAGAUAAGUCUUCGUGGUGUCCGUAUGAAGAAGGAUCAAAUCUUAAUGGAUGAGAUACAAGAACUAAACAGAAAGGGAAACCUAAUUCACCAAGGCAAUAUGGAACUUUAUAAGAAGGUAAACCUAAUUCGUCAAGAAAACCUGGAAUUAUACCAAAAGGUCUAUGGAACAAAGGAUGCCAAUGGAGCAAGCAGUCUAACAAACGGCCUGGGUGUGGGAGAGGAUGCAGGUAUACCUAUCAGCCUUCAACUCAGCCAACCACAACAACAAAACCGUGAGGCACCAGAAAGAGCAACAAAACUGGGGUACAGUUGUGAAAAAAUGCAUUAAUUUUCAGUAAUGAAUACAAAUGAGCUUUUCCAAAGUCCCUAUUCCAAUCUUGUUGUUUUGAUGGUUGCAGCAGACUACAACUACACUAGCAAAAAGAGACCUUACACCAACCACGAAGAUGUUAAUCAUUUUGCAUCAAGAAAACGGUGUGAGGUUGCAAAUUAUCUUUCAAUCAACGAAUUGUGGUGGAGUAACGGAAUAUUCCAUAACCAAUGAAACCAGCUUUGUCUCGUUUGUGGUGAUUAAUACAAGGGAAUUUAUGUGAAGAGAAGGCUAUGUGCAACAAAAAAUAAUUGAAAUUGCAUCAGCAUACACACUUCAUUUUCCAGAAAUCUUAAGGUUUGCCACCUUCAUAAUAAUCAGCUAGGUUCAAAAGUUCGUGCUUGUUAUAGGACUGAUGUUGGAUAUUUUAUAAAGAAGGAAACAAGUUGAUUAAAAAGAACAUGAUUACCCAAAUUUCGCCCAACACUUGUAUAUGUUGAAUAUGAUGUACCCAAAAACCCCAACUAUCCCUGCCAGUCAUCAUCGCUUGCCACCCCCACCAGUCAUCGUACCUUUGUCAUUC